ACUGUUCAUAUAUUUCGRUUUUAUUAUAAUUUAUGGUUACAUACUACGUAGACUGCGAUUAUAAAUGUACUCGAGUGAUUAAAGUUUUCGGCAAUUUUUUUUUCUUUUGACCAACACAAUUAUUCGUUAUAAAAAUGUUUCACAUACUCCUUGUYAAACAGUUUACUUGAUAGCCUUCUUCGUCAUGCAACGGUUUUUAGUGUUUGGUGCUCUACUUAGCACGGGCUUGUGCUCUUUCAUUUCUGAUAAAUUCAGUGGACGUAUUGUUGGUGGUGUGGACACUACUAUAGAACAACAUCCUUAUCAGAUUUCCUUAUGGCUGGUUGAAGAACAACAGCACUUCUGCGGUGGCAGUCUUAUCAGUGAGAACUUUGUGCUCUCAGCCACUCACUGUCUACUCGGCCUUGAACCAUAUGAACUGCGUGUACGCUUAGGUUCGACGAACUCAACCGAUGGCGGUCUCUUAGUCGAAGUAGCCGCUAUAAAGACACACGCUGGUUUUAGUGCUAUUACUGCAAUGAAUGAUAUUGCUUUGUUGAAAUUGGAAAAACCUGUGGCUCAGACGAAUAGCAUUCGCUAUAUCGAUCUCGCCGAUGCGGUACCAGCAACCGGCACGCCUGCUGUAGUCUCCGGUUGGGGUAUCAAGUGUAGCUUGUGCUUUAGAACGCCAGUGAUUUUACAAGCUGUAGACGUCAAUAUUGUACAACGUGAAGAUUGCGCCUCAAGUACUUAUAAAUAUGGCGAUCAAAUCCGAGAAUCUAUGGUUUGUGCUUAUGCAUUGAAGAAGGAUGCCUGCGAUGGUGAUUCAGGUGGUCCGUUGGUGGCAGAAGGCAAGUUGGUUGGUGUUGUGUCGUGGGCAGAAGGCUGUGCCAAAAAGGAUUAUCCUGGUGUUUACGCCAGUGUACCAGAAUUACGUCAGUGGAUAGCUAGCGCUAUAUCGGAGUUAUCGAGUGAGGAGGCAUUGAGAGUUUCUUAUUUGUAAAAUUCUAACUUUCUUAAAAAGUCAGUAAAUAUUGUUGAAAUGUGCUAAUGCACUCCCACAAUUAAUUUGUGGAAGUGUGAGAUUAAAAAUCGAUUAUUAUUUCAAGGAAA